UGUAUUCAAUAUUGGGGGCGGAGAGAGAGAGAGAGAGUAAGAGAAAAAAGCAAAAUAAAGAAAACUGCACAGUGCAUAAGGCAUUAACCGGAGGAGCAAGUUGUAUCUCUCCGUCUGGAACGAAUAACGAAAGAGCAUGGGUGAAGGUGAAAGCGUUUUCUGGUUGCUCACCGACGAUAUCGUCCUCAACAUUCUAACCAACCUUGAAGACGAUCCACGUCAUUGGGCUCGCCUCGCUUGCGUCAGCACCAGAUUCUCUUCCCUCGUUCGCAAUUUCUGCUGGAAGAACAAGUGCUCUCACUCCCUCCCUUCCGAUCUCCUAUCCGAUUCUCCGUCAUGGUCCUCUCUCAACAAGCUCGCCCUCUGCUGCCCUGGCCUCCUCCACGCCGGCUUCCUCCAUCGACCUCCUUCCCUCUCCGAUGAUCUCCAUUACGACGCUUUCGUUUGGAGGCCGCAUUUGGCUUCUGAGAAUUGGAAUCUUCGGAGGGAACAAGGGAGCAAGCUCCUCGCGAGGAAGUUCCGCGAUGACUGUUUGUAUAUUUGUGAUUGGCCUGGCUGUGUCCACUUCGUGGAGAAUAGGAACUACAUGCUCUUCAGAGGGGUUUUCAAGAAUUUCAAAGGAACGCGUGUUUGGAGAACCAUCAAUGAUGGUAAACGGAUGAAGGUUAAUAUUGGCUGUGCGUUUUGCACGUGUGCACAGACUUGGGACCUGCGCUCUUCGUUCUGUCUCAGGCGUGGUUUUGGGUACCAUCACGAUGGGGAGCCAGUUGUUCGAGCUUAUGUUUGUGAAAAUGGUCAUGUCUCUGGGGCUUGGACCAAUGUUACCAUGUUCUCUUGAUCCGGGGUUUAGGGCCUUCAAUAUUUCAAUCUUAUAUGUUGCGAAAUAUGUACUUGUAAGUGGGGUGUUAAAUCAUCAUGCACUUUGUAGUUCUUGGAUUAUAUUAUUGUUGCUAAUUUUGUUACUUAUUCUAGUUUCUCUAGUUGGAGAAUUGGAGAGGAAAAGGAUUUGAGUAUGUUGUAAUAUGUUCUGGGUUGGCAUUUUGGUUGCUUUUUUUCUGGACUCAUAUAUUGGGCUUCACAUGCUCUUGGAGGUUAUGGGCCUUAUCCAUUAUGGGGUAAACUCUUCUAUAAAUAAAGAAUUAAACUUCACACUAAUUAUGGCCAUUGUGCACACAGCCUUUCCUUUUGUGCACAGUAACAGUGAUUUGCUACAACCUGUGACUACCUCCUUCACAGAUACCAUAAGCUAUCAUAUCCUGCAUUAACGACAAUCCUCUUGUAUCGAACACUUUUAUAUAAAUCUCAUUGAUUUUUGUCUGCGAUCUUAUGUAGUUCAAA